GUGAUGUAUUAAUCUUAAGAGUGUCAAAUAACUUGAGUCACGAGGAAUAAAGAGAAUGUUCAGUUACAGGGGGAAGGACAAUAUAGAAUAAGCGGUGGGAUAGGGAAACCGGGUGAAAUAAAGAUGGCUUUUUGAGUGCGAGACUAAACCGGACUAGAUGUGUUUGGUGGUGACAAAUUCCAAAAUCGAGGACGUAACAAUUUGGCGAACGAGGUUGGGGAUUUAUUUAUCGCGGUUGUGAGUUGUUUGGCAGGCAGACCCUCGAGAGAAACUUUUUGGCGUUUGGUGAGCCAGGUGAGUGAUAUUUUCGACAUUUUACCGCUGAUUUUACUAUGGGAUCUUGACCAACAACACUAAAAGCAUGAUUGUAGUGAAUGGAGGGUACUACGCCCUGUUGUCCGGGUGAUACAAGUGAGGUUAUUGUCAAUUUUAUCAUAGUGAUGGUGCGAACAACAAAGUCUGUCAAUCGUGAAAUACCAGUGGAACUAGAAAAGAAAGCGGUGGUGUGGAGUUUGAAUGAUGUUGCAUAGAAUAUGAAUUAGUGUUGGUGAUGGGAAAGGCGCUGUUAGCCUUGGCGUCGCUCAUGGAAAGAAUUCUGAAGCGGUAAGUAAUGGUUAACUGAGAGAGGUAGAGAUAGAGCAGAGAGUUAGCAACUUGAACUGUUGGUUCAAGAUUUUUGACCGGAAUGUGUAUGUGCGAGUGUCCUUGAUUUCUUCAGGGGGAGGUGAAUCUAAACUGUUGGUUUAGAAGAUAGUUCUGUGAAACCAAGAGCUCCAAACUGUUGGUUUGGAAGAUAAAGAGAUGUGAACUGCUGGUUCCAUCAGAGUGAAAAAUGUUGAAUGCUAUGAGGGAAUGAGGGGUCAACUACUCAAGAAAUAUUUUGUCUGUACUGUUGGUAUAGAUUAUUUGGUAAAACUAUGACAUCCGAACUGUUGGUUUGGAACUUGAGGCAUAAGAAUACUAAGGAGAUGCGCGCUGAAUUGAGCUUGGAAUUCCGAGAUUCUUUCGGGGAAAUAAAACAUAGAGCUGUUGGAUGGGAGUUAAUUGUGAGUUUUAUAAAUGAAAGAACUUGAGUAUUGGGAAAUAAUGUUUUGGUAAAAUUACACUUAUAAAUAAAUAAAAAAAAAAUAAAAUAAAAAUAAAAAAACUGGAGGGAUAUAUCUCACAAAACUAUAAUCAUGCCUUAAUUAUAAAGCAAAAGGGACUGUUUUCAUAUGUUACCUACAAUCAUGCAGUGUUCAUUGGUCAAGAAGAAGAAAAAAAAGAAAGCCUAUAACAUAUAACAUGGAGUAAUAUAUUUUUUGGAUCAUAUAUCAUUUUUUGAUAGUGAUUCAAACACCAUGGAAGCAUUUCGGCCAGUGCGGCCAUUUGACAUGAACAUUGAGGAUAACCGCAUGGCAUCUGAAUGGGAGAAAUGGAAAAGACAACUGGAAUGCUAUUUCAUUGCUUGUGGAGUUCAAGAUCAGUCCGACAAACUUGCAAAGCUCUUGUACCUGGGAGGCCCAGACUUACAAGAGUUGUACGAUAAUCUGCCAGAUGCAAAGCGUGUUCCUUUGAUAGUAACAGAACCUCCUCAUUACGACGUGGCCAUUAAAGCCCUGGAUGAUCACUUCGAACCGAAACGGAUGAUUGCAUACGAGCGUUAUCUGUUCAGACAAAUGGCUCAAAAGCCACAAGAACGGUUAUCUGAUUUUGCGUUGCGCUUGAGGAUCCAAGCCAAACGAUGUGGGUUUACUCCUGAGCACUUUGAGGAAAUGAUCGUGGAUCAAAUUACCGAGAAAUGUAAUUCUGAACCACUACGAGUUGAAAUUUUGAAGAAGGACCACAGAUCUUUGAGUGAAAUCAUUGCUCUGGGAACUACCAUGGCUGAUACGAAAACAAAGUCGAUGCAAAUGAGCAAAAUGAGCGGAUCUUUUGGCGGGGCUUCAGACGAAGCUAGAAUUCAAAUGGUGCGGGAUAGGUCUUUCCGAUCCAAACCAAGAUUGCCAGUGAAGGUUGCCAUGAAUCAAGGAACAGUAAUGACAUGUUUUGCGUGUGGUCGUCUAGGACAUCUAAAGGCCAGUAAAUGGUGCCCGGCAAAAGAUGUGCAGUGUAAUAAGUGUCAGGCAUACGGCCACUUCUCAAAGACGUGUUUUCGGUUCGGAUCUUCAGGUCCGGGUUCAUCAUCAGGACAGGAGAGGUUCCAUCAGGACCAAAACGCUAGACUUGGCAAACGCAAAUCGGAAUUCAGGAGCAACCCCGGGAAUAACAGCUACGGAAAUGAGGGUUUUGGUAGACCGGCAAAGCGCAUUCGUGCAGUAACGGAAGAGGAUGAGCACGAGAAACGGAUGGAGAAAGAAGAUGGUUAUGUGUUCUACGCCAUGGGGAGCAACGAAUUUCAUUUCGCUGUCGGAGGAGUUACUAUCCGUAUGACUAUUGACUCGGGUGCAAAUGCCAACAUUAUUUCGUUGGAAACUUGGACUCAAAUGAAGGAGGCAGGGGCAAUAGUCACAGAUCAAGGGCACCCAGAGCGGGUUUUGAGAGCGUACGCGUCGGACACUCCACUGAAGCUUGUCGGUACAUUCAGAGCUAACAUUACAGCCGGUUCUAAUGAAGUAAACGCAAAGUUCUAUGUCGUAGACGGUGGUCGCCAAUGUCUGCUUGGAGCAAAGACUGCCGAGGAACUACAUGUCUUGAAAAUCGGCUUUGAUGUUGCGACAGUAAGUGGGGGCACUGAGGCGUUCCCUAAGGUGAAAGGGGUACUGCUGGAAAUCCCAAUUGACGAGUCUGUCCAACCAGUUCAACAGCCGUACCGUAGAACACCGAUCGCAAUGGAGAAAAUGGUUGAAAAACGACUCCAAGAACUGCUGGAUAAAGACAUAAUCGAAAGAGUUACCGAACCAUCGGCCUGGGUUUCUCCUCUAGUGCCGGUAUUGAAGGAUUCCGGUGAGGUUCGACUUUGUGUGGAUAUGCGGCGAGCAAACCGUGCUGUUCUUCGAGAAAAACACCCUCUGCCAGUGAUCGACGAGUUGCUUGGCGGAAUAGACGGGGCGGUUCGUUUUUCCAAAGUCGAUGUCAAAGAUGCUUAUCAUCAAAUCGAAAUUUCCGAGCGAUCCCGAGGAAUAACCACAUUCAUGACAAAGUACGGGCUAUUCAGAUAUAAGAGAUUAAUGUUCGGUAUCUGUUCGGCUCCCGAGUUAUUCCAGAAGGUGAUGGAGACAAUUGUUGCUGGCUUGGAGGGCGUGGUUGUGUUUUUGGAUGACGUAAUGGUUUAUGGGAGGUCCAGUGAGGAACAUGAUAGGAGACUGAAUGCUCUUCUGGACCGAUUGGAAUCCUACGGAGUUUUGCUCAAUCAUCAAAAGUGUCAGUACAACGUUACUAGUCUACAGUUUCUGGGUUAUGAUCUAUCAGCAGACGGGGUGAAGCCGACUGAAAGUCGAGUACAAGCAAUCCAGCAAUUUCGUGCUCCGCUGUCCGCUUCUGAACUUCGUAGCUUUUUGGGUUUAGUGACAUACGUGGGUAGAUUCGUACCUCAUUUGGCAUCAAAAACCGAUCCUCUUAGGAGCCUUUUGAGAAAAGGAGUUCCAUUCAAGUGGGAAGAGAUACACCAAAAAGCUUUUGAGUCGAUCAAACAAGAAAUACUGUCGACUGGCUUUCUGGGAUUUUUCAACCCAGCGGACACCACCUUGCUCAUCGCAGAUGCUAGCCCUACCGGUCUUGGAGCGGUACUUCUUCAGGAAAAUCGCAGUAAUGAGAAAAGAAUCAUCGCUUUUGCUAGUAAGGCGCUAACAGACUUGGAGAGAAAGUAUUUCCAGACAGAACGGGAGGCGCUGGCGCUGGUUUGGGCGGUUGAGAGGUUUAAACUGUUUCUUCUGGGAACAAAAUUCAAAUUGAUAACUGACUGUAAGCCGUUGGACUUCUUUUUCUCUCACCGAUCGAAGCCCUGUCCGCGCAUCGAAAGAUGGGUGUUGCGAGUACAGUCAUUCUCUUUCGAAGUCGUUUAUCAACCAGGAGCCACCAAUCUCGCGGAUUCACUUUCAAGACUGCCUGUCGUACAACCGAAGCCUUUUGAUCAGGACACGGAGUUGUAUAUCAUGAAAGUUACAACCUCCGCGAUUCCUGAAGCACUGACGAUUCAAGAGAUAGAAGAGCAUACAAACAGGGAUGAUAUGAUUCAGAAGGUUAUGAUUGCGCUUGAUAAUGGCGUCUGGCCAGAUGAGAUUAAGAUGUUCAAACCCUUCCAAACAGAGUUGUAUCGAUCGGGAGGUCUAUUGAUGAGAGGUGAACGGAUUGUUAUCCCUGCAGAUCUUCAGCAACAGACGCUGCGAAUAGCGCAUGAGUCGCAUCCAGGCAUAGUUUCUAUGAAAAGAAGGCUGCGGCAGAAAGUGUGGUGGCCUGCUGUGGACAAACAGGCAGAAAAGGUGGUGAAGAGCUGUAAAUCGUGCACAAUUGUGUCUGCCCUCGAUCCACCGGAACCGAUAAAGAACACUAGGAUGCCAGAUAGAGCAUGGGCGGAUUUAGCAGCUGAUUUCGUAGGGCCUCUUCCGUCGGGGCACAAUCUCCUUGUCAUUGUCGACUAUUUCAGCCGUUUUGUCGAAGUCGUCGUAAUGAAGCAAAUCACCGCUACGUUAACCGUUCAAGCGUUCCAUGAGACAUUUUGUCGGUUUGGCUUUCCAGAGACGCUGAAAACCGACAAUGGCCCCCAAUUCACGGGAGAAGAGAUGAAAACAUUUUGCAAACAGUUUGGAAUAGAGCAUCGAAAGACCACUCCAUACUGGCCUCAAGCCAAUGGGGAAGUGGAGCGCGUUAAUGGGAUGAUCGAGAAACACUUGAAAAUAAGUCAUCUGGAGGAGACGGAGUGGAAGUGGGAUUUGCGAAUGAGUGUCCUCAUGUAUAACUCAACGCCACACUCGUCCACAGGAGUUGCACCAUCGGUUCUGUUGUUUGGUAGAUUAAUACGCGAUAAGUUGCCAGCAGUAUCCACCGGCCCAAACCGAUUGAUCGAAGAAGCAAUGGACCGGGAUAAAGUAUCGAAGCGGAAGAGUGCUGAUUAUACGGAUAGUCGUCGGAGAGCUAAACAGAGAGAACUGAAGGCCGGUGAUAUUGUCUUCGUCAAAAGGAUGAUAAAGGAUAAUAAAUUGGCAUCUACGUUUAGCCCAGAAGAAUGGAAGAUUGUUCAUCGCUGCGGAUCUGAUGUAACCUUGCAGUCCAUGGUAUCAGACAAAAUUAUCCACAGGAACGUGGCGCAUCUCAAGCUGCGGACAUCUAGUCGAAGUGACAGUCAAGAGGAAACAUCGGACGAAGAAGAAGUAUCAACAGAAGACAUCUGGAGCAGCCGAGGAGGAGCCACCACUCAGGAAACUGAUGGCCAUGAGCAACAAUCGGGAGAAGAGUCAUCAGUGCGUCCCCGAAGGAUGAUCAAGAAACCAGGUUACCUAGAAGACUACAAAAUAAAUAAUUGUCAGUGAUUUGUAUGAAAAGGAGGAAUGUGAUGUAUUAAUCUUAAGAGUGUCAAAUAACUUGAGUCACGAGGAAUAAAGAGAAUGUUCAGUUACAGGGGGAAGGACAAUAUAGA